AUGACGGAGUUUUUGAACUAUAAAGUGGAUCUCUUUCUCAAGGAUGGCACAAAGUCUACUGGAGUCAUCAGCUACAUUGAUAAGACCAAUGUGACUCUACUGAACGUCUAUCAUUCAAUCAAUCCUAAUGUUAGUGUACCAUCGAUGAAUGUACCCAGUACCAGGAUAGCUGAUGUUAAAGUUGUUCAAUUGCCAGUUAACUUACAGAAGAAGAACGGUAAACCUGUCACUAAUAAUAGAUACUCUGAGUCUGAACUGUUGUCUAAAUCACAAUCCACUCGUUCUCGGAAUACAAGUAGAGCAGGCACUCCAAAACUUCGACUGGCAAAACUUACUCACCACCACAAGGCAGAUGAUCCAGAUUGGGAUUGUGAAAGUGAUGUGAAUGAUAUUAAAACCGGCUCUGAGUUUGACUUUGCUGCUAACUUGGCAAUGUUUGAUAAGAAGACGGUGUUUGCUGAUUUCCAACGUAAAGAUAACGUUAGUCUUCAUGAUCGUCUUGUAGGUCACAACAAAGUUGAAAAUGUAAAAAAAAUCAAUUAUGACAAUAAGGAGAUGGUUUUAGAAAAGAAUGUUGAAGAUAAUUGGGAUAAAAUCGGUGAAGCCUCAUUGAACAGUUCAAAUAAUGGUAAUUAUGUACCUAGAAGAGAUGCUCCCAGUACUCCAGGAGGCAUUCUUUCACCUCAAUUUGGUCCUAAUGCCAAUAAGAGCUCAGUUUCUGGUGCUAGUGGGAUUCUUUCUUCUGCAUCAUUUUCCUUUAUAUCAAAUGAAUCAAAAGAAAGCGUGCAAUUGGCUUCUCCGGUCCAACUUUUAGAAGUGGAAAGACUUUCGGUUGAAUCAUUUGGGAUUGAUACUACAAUUAUGGCUGAAGUCUGUGCCGUUAAUUUAUCUCAGUUGAUAUUGAACAGAAUAUUGGGAGGUUCCACAAGAUUAUCUAAUAAAAAGAAUCAUAAUCUACCUCCCUUGGUCUUAUUACUUGUGGGGUCCGGUAGAUGUGCUAUUAGAGCAUUUGCUACCGGUCGUCAUUUAGCAAAUCAUGGUAUAAGAGUUCUUGCGUUUGCAAUUAGAGAUGAUGAAGAUGAUGUUGAAUUUUCACGUCAAAAGCAUUUAUUUAUGGAAGCUGGAGGGAAAUUACUUGUUUCUAAAGUGGUGGAGAUGCUUGAUAUCAUUAACUUACAAUUAGAGUCACCUGUGGAAUUAAUUCUUGAUGCCUUACAAGGUUAUGAUACUCAUUUGGAUGAUAUAUUUUAUCAAGAUGAUGAUAUGGCUACUUUAACCAAGUUAUUUGAAUGGUGUAAUGAACCGCAACAAGCAGCUAAAAUAAUGUCACUUGAUGUUCCCUCUGGAUUAGAUGGUGGCUCAGGUACAAUCAUUGACCCUUCAUUAACAACUCUCAAAUGUAAAUGGUGUGUUUCCAUGGGUAUACCCAUUUCGGGAUUGAUACAUGCAUACAAGAAUGGACAUCUAGAAAAGGGAGAAGUGACACAUUAUUUGUUGGAUGUUGGGGUCCCCAAUAAGGUAUAUUCCAGUAAGCCAAACUUACGUAAGUUCGAUAAGUGUUGGUACAGUGCCACUGGUUGUGUCAAGCUCGACGUUGCCAUCAAUUAA